AGGUCGAAAAUUAGAGUUAUAAAAUGCAAAGCAUUUUUCAUUUAGCAAACAGACCCAUAUCAUAAGAAAAUUGAAUUAAAGAAAGAAAAAAAUAUUGAAAUUCAAAUGACCACAGUACCCUUCUUCCCCAAAUCUGGAAAACUCCACCACCCCUGCAAAAACCAACUCUGUCAAAGCAGAAAGCAAAAUUGCCAGACAAAAAAAUGCCGCCACCAAAGACCACCACCACCACACUUCCAUGCUCAAUCCCAACUCUCUUCCUCGCUUUCACUACCCUCUCUUUCCUCUGCUUCUCCCUCUUCUUCCUCUACAACAAAAACCCAUCUUUCCCUAAUCCCCAAGCCACCCUCCAAACCUCUCAAAAUUCCAUCAAAGUCUAUGUAGCUGACCUCCCUAGAUCUCUCAACUACGGCCUCCUUGACCAAUACUGGUCCUCCUCUAUACCUGAUACCCGUAUUAGCUCCGACCCAGAUCAUCAGAUCCGACCCAAACCCACCAAGAACCAAAAAUUUCUUGAUUACCCUGAGAAUCCUUUGAUUAAGCAGUACAGUGCUGAGUACUGGAUCACUGGUGACUUAAUGACACCACAGAAGUUAAAGAUUCGAUCUUUUGCUAAAAGGGUGUUUGAUUGUAAUGAAGCCGAUGUUGUUUUCGUGCCCUUUUUUGCUACGCUGAGUGCUGAAAUGGAGCUUGCAAAAGGAAAGGGAAGUUUUAGGAGAAAAGAAGGGAAUGAGGAUUAUAGAAGGCAGAAGCAAGUGGUGGAUAUUGUAAGAAAUUCGGAUGCGUGGAAGCGAUCUGGCGGGAAAGAUCAUGUCUUUGUUCUUACAGACCCAGUUGCGAUGUGGCAUUUAAGAGCUGAGAUAGCCCCAGCUAUUCUACUGGUGGUGGACUUUGGUGGGUGGUAUAGGCUUGACUCGAAGUCAUCGAAUGGUAGUUCGUCAGAUAUGAUACAGCAUACCCAAGUCUCACUGCUGAAAGAUGUGAUUGUUCCAUACACACAUCUGCUUCCUAGAUUGCAGUUAUCAGAGAACAAGAAACGCAGCACCCUUCUUUAUUUUAAAGGAGCCAAACAUAGGCACCGGGGAGGCAUAGUACGAGAAAAAUUGUGGGACUUGCUGGUUAAUGAGCCAGGAGUUAUCAUUGAAGAAGGAUUCCCUAAUGCUACUGGGAGGGAGCAGUCCAUUAGAGGGAUGAGAUCAUCAGAAUUCUGUUUGCACCCAGCUGGGGACACCCCCUCUUCUUGCCGGCUAUUCGAUGCCAUCCAAAGCCUGUGUAUACCUGUUGUUGUAAGUGACAACAUUGAGCUGCCAUUUGAAGGCAUGGUAGAUUAUACAGAAUUCGCAGUUUUUGUUGCAGUUGAUGAUGCCUUGAAGCCCAGAUGGCUGGUGGAUCGUCUCAGAAGCAUUUCUGUGAAGCAGAGGAAUGAAUUCCGUAGAAAUAUGGCUAAGGUUCAACCGAUAUUUCAGUAUGAUAAUGGUCAUCCAGGUGGUAUUGGUCCUAUUUCUCCAGAUGGUGCAGUGAAUCACAUAUGGAAAAAGGUACUUCAAAAAUUGCCUGCCAUUAAAGAAGCAGUUGUUCGAGAGAGAAGAAAACCACCUGGUGUAUCAGUUCCUAAGCGUUGUCAUUGUACCUGAACCAAAUCAAGUAAUUCUAAUAGCUUUUGACACUAUGCAUUAUUCUAUAAAGUCAAUUUAAUUUCAUCUCUCGGGAGAGAAAAAAAGAGUUGCUCAUUACUUUCCCCAUGAUUCGAUAUUUGUAAAUUUCAGGCUUGUUAAAAUAUCCAUAAACAGCGCCCUUUACUGAAA